AUGGCAAAGAGUGUCCGAGCCAGCGUCUCCAAGCGCAACAAGGCAGCGCUGCGCAAAAAGGUCUUUGGUCCCGUCGUCGACGCCCGGACGGAAAGGCUGGCGGCCAAACUCCAAGAGAUUGCCUCGCAGCCGCGGCCAGAACGAGAGAAGGCAGACGAUGAAGAUCAAGAUGCGGCUGCCGCCACCAAGGACUCGCAGAAUGGCGAAGAGAUGGACCUUGACACCGCGUCUAAGGAUACCAAAAGCAAGUCCAAGUCCGGGCGUGUGCAGAAGCGCAACCGGCGCGCCCGACCGUCGAUAGUGUUCCAGAAAUACUCGUCCAAGAAGGGCUCGAAGAAGAAGUGA